AUGAUUUCAAAAGCAGAGGAGAUUGGUGGUACGGACAAGCCUGUCCCCAACAAUAAACCGCUUAGUUUCUCCAUCAGCCGGAUUCUUCAUGGAGUAGAUAACAAAACACCAGUAGCAGACGACAAGUCAGCUUCUCAAGGGUCAGAUACAGAGUCGUCUGACCGAGCUGCAGCGGAUCAGAUGCACGUGUCAGAAGAAUAUCCCAGAGUUCCCCAGCUACACGCAGCCACCGUGCACCAUUACGCGCCAUACACAGAUACAGACGGAUAUUCACAUUUCGAGACGAUAGUGCGUCCCCGUGCCUGCAGUACACCAGAGAACGAGUUCCCCUCACCGACCGCCACUUCAAACAUUCAUGCGCUCCACAGGCCACUUCCGGGCGCGCUGAGAUCCACCCGCAACAACCCCUACACGAUCCCCGGUCGACAUCCGCUUACUAGCCACAACGCGUUCGUACAUCCGGCCGGAUACUUUGACCACAGAACAGUUCCAUGUGUCCAGCAAGAAGCCAACCGUUUUAGGACAAGUGUGAGUGAAUAUGCUAAAAACCCGACUGAAACUGUAAAACACAUUGAGACAGAUGUUGGCGAUCAUUCCAAUCGGAGCACACCGGAACCGGAAAUUCAUUAUGGUGCGUCUAUUCACAGUGAUAAAAGCUUAGACUCUAUGGGUGAAAGUUACCACCAAUCACCGAGUCCUUUCAAAACAAAGAAGAAGAAAUCAAGAACUGUGUUCUCCAGAAAUCAGGUGUACCAGCUCGAGGCAGCGUUUGACUUGAAACGCUACUUGUCAAGCGCGGAGAGGUCGGGACUAGCUGCUUCUCUUAACUUGUCCGAAACCCAGAUUAAGAUCUGGUUUCAAAACAGAAGAAAUAAGUGGAAGCGACAGAUCAACGGUGAAAUGGACGAAAUCCCACUUCCUCCUGCUUAUGCGGCAUCCUACAUGCAGACAUCUUUUCCUCAACCCUCAUUGGCAAGUUACGAUCACAUGACAGAAUCACGCGACGAUCUUUUGCGCAGUACUUUUACUGUUCCGGCUUACUACUCACAUCCAUACGCCACGGGAAAAGUAGUUCCGAAAUAUUUGUAG